ACCUGUAAGAGUUUCUCUGUCUCCUUGAAGAAAGGGAUUUCCUUCAGAAGUUCAGGGGAUCUUUUUGGGUUUCAGAGAGGAGUGCCGACAGCCAAAAAAAUAUGUAUCAAAGAUUCUAAAAAUAAAAAAUAAAAUCUAGCUGCUUUUGGGUUCGGUUUUCUUCUCUUAAUUUCUGGAUAGAAGAAGAGGAAAGCUCACGGAUAGAAGAGGGAAGCUGUAAGCUUUAGGGCUGUUCGGAUAGAGGAUUAACCUUUCUAGGAUUAACUAAGACGAGUUCAGCUGGUCAAUGAUGGAUAGGGAAAUCAAGAAUCUGGAUGGGUUUAAGUUGGCUGGGAAUUUUCUUAAGGAGGUGUCAUUACAUGAUGUUCGGUUGGAUCCAACUUCUUUCCAUUGGCAGGCACAACAGACCAACUUACAGUACCUGUUGAUGCUGGAUGUAGAAAGACUAGUCUGGAGUUUCAGAAAGACGGCAGGAUUGCCAACGCCAGGAGAUGCAUAUGGAGGUUGGGAGGCACCAGAUGUGGAGCUCCGGGGUCAUUUUGUAGGGCAUUACUUGAGUGCAACAGCACAAAUGUGGGCCAGCACUCAUGAUGAGACACUCAAAAAGAAGAUGUCUGCAGUAGUGUCUGCUCUAUCUGCAUGUCAGCAAAAAAUGGGCACAGGAUAUCUGUCUGCAUUUCCAUCUGAACUAUUUGAUCGUUUUGAAGCAUUAAAACGUGUGUGGGCUCCUUAUUACACCAUUCACAAGAUCUUGGUCGGCCUAUUGGAUCAAUACACAUUAGCUGAUAACAAUGAAGCUUUGAAUAUGACAACAUGGAUGAUUGAGUACUUCUAUGAUCGCGUCCAGAAUGUCAUAACGAAACACAGCCUGAAGAGACACUGGCAAUCACUUAAUGUAGAAACUGGUGGCAUGAAUGAUGUACUUUACAGGUUAUUUACUAUAACGGGAGAUUCAAAGCAUUUGUUGUUGGCUCACCUAUUUGACAAACCAUGCUUUCUGGGAGUACUUGCAGUUCAGGCUGAUGAUAUAUCUGGCUUCCAUGCCAAUACACAUAUCCCUAUUGUUGUUGGAUCUCAAAUGCGAUAUGAAGUAACUGGUGAUCCACUUUACAAGAGUAUAGGGACAUUUUUCAUGCAAAUUGUUAAUUCUUCUCAUAGCUAUGCAACAGGAGGGACAUCAGUUGAUGAGUUCUGGUCAGACCCAAAGCGAUUAGGAAGCACUCUGGGUACAGAGAAUGAAGAAUCAUGCACAACUUAUAACAUGCUGAAGGUCUCUCGCCACCUAUUUAGAUGGACCAAAGAAAUUGUAUACGCAGAUUAUUAUGAACUUGCCCUGACAAAUGGUGUUCUUGGCAUCCAAAGGGGAACAGACCCUGGAGCAAUGAUCUACAUGCUCCCACUAGGUCGUGGCGUUUCUAAGGCUGUAAGUGAACAUGGGUGGGGAACAAAGUUUGACUCCUUUUGGUGCUGCUAUGGCACAGGUCUGGAUUCAUAGCCCACAUUCAACUCUCCUGUUGAAAACUUGAACUGCUAAUUCAAUUAUGAUAGAUUGGUUUUCCAUUUUGCGUUUGAUUUGACCUCUAUUUCAACCUCAGGCACCUUUUUCUUUUCUUU